UUCUCUGCUCGCUCUGUUCGUCUCUGUGUGCAGUAAAAUGGCAGAAGCUGCUCUAAAAACUCAGGACUUCUUUAAAUGUCCGAUCUGUCUGGAUCUACUGAAGGAUCCAGUGACUAUUCCCUGUGGACACAGCUACUGUCUGGGCUGUAUUAAGGACCAGUGGGAUCAGAAUAAUCAGAGUGGGGUCUACAGCUGCCCCCAGUGCAGACACAGCUUCACUCCAAGGCCUGUUCUCAACAAGAACACCAUGCUGGCUGAACUAGUUGAGGGUCUGACGAGGCUCCAAGCUACUCCUCCUGCUGGAUCUCCUGCUGGAUCUGGAGAUGUGGAGUGUGACGUCUGCAGUGGAACAAAACUCAGAGCUGUUAAGUCCUGUCUGGUGUGUCUGCUCUCCUUUUGUGAAGCUCAUAUUCAGCCUCAUUAUGAAUCUCCUGCCUGCAAGAAUCAUAAACUGGUUGCAGCCUCCAUGAAUCUGCAGGAGAAGAUCUGCUCUCAUCAUGCCAAACUGCUGGAGAUUUUCUGUCGCACUGAUCAGCAGUUUAUCUGUUAUUUGUGUGUAAUGGAUGAACACAGUGGUCAUAAGACAGUUUCAGCUGCAGCAGAAAGAUCUGAGAAGCAGAGGCAGCUGGUGGAGACUCAGAGGGAAUUCCAGCAGAGAAUCCAGCAGACUGAGAAUAAACUGCAGGAGCUGAGACAGGCUAUGGAGAAUGUCAGGCACCCUGCACAGGCAGCAGUCGAAGACAGUGAGAAGAUCUUUACUGAAGCAAUUCAGUCCAUUAAGAGAAGACGCUCUGAGGUGAAAAAGCUAAUCAGAGCUCAGGAGAAGACUGAACUGAGUCAGGCUGAAGACCUCCUGAAGAAGCUGGAGCAGGAGAAUGCUGAUCUGAGGAGGAGAGACGCUGAGCUGGAGCAGCUUUCACACUCAGAGGAUCACAUCCAUUUCCUCCAGAGUUUCCAGUCUCUCUCUGCUCCUCCUCAGUUUGCAGACUUACCCUCUAUCACAGUCAGUCCACAGUUCUCCAUGGAGGAACUGAGGAAAGUUGUGACUGGAGUGAUGCAGCGAGUGGAACUGGAACUGGUUAAACUGUCUGGAGGUAUACUCAAUAAUAUUAAAAGACUCAUCCUAUAUAAAUCAAUUAAACAGGAGUUACAUUUCUUUGUUUCUUUUCGAAUAGUCCUUACUGCUCUUAUGCCAAAAACAAGAGAGGACUUCCUGAAAAAUUCCUGUCAGAUCACUCUGGAUCCAAAUACAGCAAACAGAAAACUCGCUCUGUCUGAGAGGAACAGAAAAAUGACAGUGAUGCAUCAGACCCAAACAUAUCCUGAUCAUCCAGAGAGAUUUGAUAGCAUGCAGCAAGUUCUCUGUAGAGAAAGUCUGUCUAGAUGCUGUUACUGGGAGGUCGAGUUUGUCAUGGGUAAUUUUAAUAUUGCAGUGUCUUAUAAAGACAUCAGCAGGAAAGGAGAAGGUAAUGACUCUAAAUUUGGGUGUAAUGAUCAGUCCUGGAGUCUGAACUGCUUUGGCUCCAGUUUCUCAUUCAAACACAAUAAUGAACAGAUUGAACUCCCUGUAAAGUCCAGCCCCUCCAGAAUAGGAGUGUAUGUGGAUCACAGUGCAGGAAUUCUGUCCUUCUACAGCAUCUCUGACACAAUGAUCCUCCUCCACAGAGUCUACACCACGUUCACUCAGCCCCUCUAUCCCGGAUUUGCGGUAUAUAUUUAUGAUCAUUUUCUUCGGAUAUGUGAUCUUAAUUAAAAUGUGCUGUAAAAACUGACAUCUUGAAACCAUCUUAAAUCUAGUCAAUGCAGGAAUCAAUACAAUGCUUAAAACAAACAGAAUGAUUGCCUAUUUAACAAGAUCACUUUAAUACACUACUUAAAACAAGUAAAAAUGUCUACAAUUAAAAUACUGUGUAAAAGAUGUGAAUGCUUUUAUAUAUAAAUUGCUAAAAAUAUCCCAUUUUUAAGAUGGCCUAUUUCAAUUCUGAUGAAUUCUUUAUUUAAAAAUUACGUAUUGCUGUAAACUUGUAACCUUGUAUCUCGAAUUUUGACGUUUGUUCUGUUUCUGACAUCAUUUGAAAAACCCUGUUAUCUUUCACAUUGUCUGUAAAUUUCAUGAUGAAUGGACUAAAAGAAAUGACCCAAAAUGACUUGAAAAAAUGUCUGGCUCCAUUGACUUACAUUAAAAGUAAAGUAUGUUUUCUCUUUCUCCUGUAAAGUUACCAUUUUGGAGAUUGGAGGCUUUCUUCUGACAACAGCCAUAUAUUAAAAUGUUAUGAACUCUCCAUGUAUGCGCAAAGUAUGAAUGAAAUGAGGGUGAAGAACACAGUUAAUGAGAAUGACCUACAAUGUGUUUCAAACCACCCCUGCUACACUUCCUGCUUACAAUAUAAACAUUAGAUACCCCUCAGCCUCUUGUAUCUCCCUCCUUUCUUAUUGGAUGCCUACCAUUAGAACACAACAUAAACACACCCAACAUUACUCGUAAUCGUACUUGCGUAUAUAAUGUGGAUAUCUUACAGAGUUUAUAUCUGCAUAUUUUGUGUUGGGAUAGUGCAUGUAGUGUGUAUUAUAAUGUGUAUAUGUUGUAGAUUUGUUGUGUAGGACGGUGCACUUAUGUUUGUUAUUUUGUGCAUUUACUACUGUGGAAAUGUGCUGUGACAAUAAAAGCGAUUUGAUUUGA